CGUGGGCGCCCAAGGUCCCUGCCUCCUCGUCGCGCAUCCUUGCUCCCAGCUUUGACCGCGCUCCUCCGAGGCCGCUCUGGCUCGCGGGGGCCGGCGGCGGGCCAGAGUCGACGGGAUCGGGCCGCCGCUGCCGGGCGGCCUUCGGGGCGGGCGGGCGCCCCCAUCAAUGGCUCCGUGGCGCGCGUGCGGCGCGCUGCCCGCGCCGCGGGGCGGCCCGGGGCUGCACGCCGCGGCCUUGCCGGGGGCCGCGUCCGCGAGCUCCCACGAGGACUUCCUCUUCGGCUCCGCGCCCUCGGCCUGCGCGCACGGCGUCGCCAGCGCGGCAGCCAGCAGCUUCCUGGGAGGGGAUCACAGCGGCCGCCACGCGCCGAGUGCAGACGACAUGCAUGUCUCGAUGGCGGGCGUGCACGUCGCCGACGGUCUGCGCUCGGCGCGCACGGCGCUGAUGGUCACCGGCGGCAUGUGCAACAAGCUGUUCGGGCUGGGGAUGAUGGGCUUCUUGGUCUACCAGGCAGUGAAGUCGGAGGCAGCCCAGCAGGCUCAGCUGCGAACGCAGCGGAAGAACGAGCGCCAGCCAGAGUUGGUCAGAGGAGUUGCCAAGACCGGGUGUUGCGGCAACAUGAAGCUGGCGUCGGGAAGCACGUGUUGCGGCAGCGUGCAGUCAACGUGCUGCGGCAGCGUUGAGGCGGCUGCAUGAGGAGGUCUCGGAAGUUCGUGGCGCAGAGUCGCGAAGAAAACGAGUCGGGUCUUUACGACGGUCCAGCAGUGUCCGCACCCUAUGUACAUACCUGCUGCACGAAGCGUACAU